AUGUGCGUGGAAGACGAUAUCCACGUGGAGUUCACGAACCACGCUUGGGUCAAUUUUUUGAAAUAUAAGGCCGAUGAUGCUAGGCUAGAAAAAUGCAAAACAAGCAUAAUAUCAUGGCUGCGAGAUUUGAAGGCAGUCGAGCAGAAGCUGGGCAUCAACCUGCGCCACCUGGCAUCGCACGGUGGAGAGGAGAAUGACGGAGGAGCCAGCGAGCUGAUCAUGCAGCCUGACCAACUGGAGUUCCUCUCAAACGAAUGGAAAUGCCCCGACAAUCUCACACUCGUCAACGAAACUGAGCUGCUCAGUUGUAGAGCUGAACGAACAGAGAAAAGUUCGAAUUGGACAUGGUCAAACAAAAACAAGAUUUCAACGCGAGUGACCGUGUUCGAAAACUCCAACAGACAGACCAACAACAACAUGAAGAACCCAGCUGCUUCACAACCUGUUAAAAUUAUGCACUGGAGUAUCACGCCACCGAGAAACAUAAGCCAGGUGCACAUAACAGAAGCCGACCGAACUAUCAAACUGACCAUGAGGGUCUUCGUCAACCAAUCAGAUGUCUGCAGUCGCAGGCUUCGUCACAAGUGUCCAACCAUCACCAUUGAUGUACACUUUGCUAAUGACCACGCUGCUGACGAUGCAGCUACUACUGCUACUACAACUGACACAGCUGCCGAUCGUAGUAGUAAUAGCAGGAGUAGUAGUAGUAGUAUUAGUAGUGGUGGUGGUAGUAGAGGUGGUGAGGGUGAGGGGGAAAGAAAUGUUAGAAAGCCGAAUUAUUGCCAGAGGUCGGAAAAACCCAUACCGUCAUUACUGUUAGGUGAGGUAUUGUUAAACAACAGGGCGGUAUUCAAUGGUACCUGUUCAGUGCGGGUAUUAAAUAUUUCUGAAUAUUUGAACGAGGAGAAUGAACAAUUUGAGAUUUCGUUGUAUUUGAAGGCAAUGAUGAACCACAGGACGUACAACAAUUUUCAAGAAGGCGAGUUUGUACUCUACAGGCAUGUGAAACUACCUUUCAAGGUGCACGUGAUCUACCAGAGGUGCUCCAAAUUUGUCGCCGCGACGUGCAACUGUGGCGUCGCUGUACAGUCUGGCGACGACAUUCUCGUCAUUGAGAAGUGGGCGCUGAUAUAUCUUCCACACGGUACGUACGUCAAAACGAUGUUAAACGGCCCAAUGCUAAACGUCUGGGUCGUGCCCUCUCCUAGAGAUCUAUAUAACACUGAAGGUCUUUGUGGCCAAUACGAUUGGUCAACUGGCCGAAAUUUCAGGCUAAAAAACGGUACAAUCAUAACGUAUGAACAUCUUCAUAAUGGUGACGACGACGAUGAUGGUGGUGAUCAUGGUGAUAAUAUUAAUAAUAAUGAUUAUGAUAAUGGUGAUGAUGAUGAGGAAGAGGAAGAUAAGGAUGGUGGUGGGUUUAGGAUAGAACCGGAUGAAUUUAUUGAAAGCUGGAGAGUAAACAUGAAAAGUUCGGAGAGCAUUUUUUAUGGAACGAAUCCAACAACAAAAAAUUAUCAACCUCCCAAAUUUUGUGCAUGCAUGCAACAACAACAACAUCAACAACAAAAACAAUUUGACUAUGAAAACAAAUGCAGUCAGACGAUAGAUGUCGAUCACUGCGAUAAAUGGGAAUGGACGAAAAACUGGACCAGGAAAGCCGCCACCAAAUUUUGCCAAAACUUCAUGCGAGGCAACUACAGCGUUGGCAAGUUGUGCGGUCAUAUACUCUCCGUUGAUUUUAAGAGAGAAAUUGAAACUUGCGUCGAAGAUAUAAAGAUAACCGGAAGCACGGAUUGGGCCACAUCGGCUCGGGACGCCAUGAAGGAGCAAUGCUUGGAGGAAGUGCAGAAGGAUGUGUUCCUUAGUAGGGAAAUCGUUCGGAAGAUUAAGAGCCAAGUUUGUAUAAACGAUUGUAGCUAUCAUGGAAUUUGCGUUCGGGGAAUGUGCGUAUGCGAUAAUGGAUUUUCCACGGCUGACUGUUCCGUAGUUUAUCCAUCUCGGCCCCAGAUUUUAGAGUCCAAAAAUUUGGGACAGUGUGACGUCAGGACGAUGAAUUGCUCCAGAAUGAUCCUUUACGGCCGGAACUUCAUCAAUAAUCCCAAUCUGACCUGCCAUCUUCAGGAAUAUAAAAUGACCAAUGACAACCCGAUGUUAGUUGGCAGACGCGAUAAGAGGAAGGCCAUAUUUAUCAGUACCUACGCUGCCGAGUGCCCACUCCCCGAGGUAAAAAGUUACCUAAUAAGUGUAAGUAACGAUGGCGAGCAUGAUAGUGAUCCUCUCCUUUUCAUGCCUUACGACUCUGUCUGCAAUAGAUGCGACAUUCACAAACUUUCGUGUCGCAAGAAGCACAACAGUUGCAUCAUUGAUGGAAUGUGUUACAAGGUCGGCGAGGACCGCCAACAAACCAUCAACAGAUCAAAAUCGUCAACGUGUAGCGACCACUCAAAAAGAAGCAGCAGCAGCAUAGACGACUACGACGACCACGAUAUCGGCUACCCUAGCGAAGAUUCAUUCAAUUUUUACGACGAAUUCAGCGACAGACUCGUACAUCCGAAUUCAAACGCACUUCUACACAGGAAUCAGUUACUAUCUAGCUCCACAACCAACACUAACAAUACCGUCACUACAAACGUCACAAGUAGUACUAAACACGCUAGUAGCAAUACUACUGUUAAAAGUGAUAAUUUUACCAAUAAUGACGAUGAUUGCAGUAACAGUAUUAGUAGACAUAAAGCUAAGUUACAAAGUCCUGAAGAGAGUUUUAUAAAUUUCGGUAUAAAGCGGAUAUUACCUUCACAGGACUUUAUUAAUCCUGGGCAAAGUACUUCUAACGAUUUCGACUCAUCGAAUUAUUUUUAA